AUGGCAGAGCUGCGAGAUGAUUGUAUGCAUAACCCUUUGCUCUCUGAUCGCUCAGGGAAAUCUAACACAACAACCGUGAAUAUACUAAUAAAUCCUGCAGCAACUAUACCCGGUUGGUAUCCAAUCAACGAUGAUUCUAGUGGUCCAACCAAUGCCAGGUCCAGCGAGAACCCUUUUCUCAAAGCUAUACUCAACCCCAUCCAAGCUACCAAUGCUCUUUCCAGUACACGAGGAGAUACACCAUUGUCGAAGAAUGACGGAUACCCCAGGCAUAACGACUCCAAGAACAACAUGGAUAGUUCGAAGGUUCCCUCUCAUGUGCCUGGACUUGCCACGGAGCUGAGAUCUGAAAUGGGAAAGCGCCUGCCGGUGCUCCCAACUGAGGCGAAAACAUUACCCACAAUGACGCCUCUACAAAGCCCUCCUACAUCCAACAGCUGUUGUUAUCUUAUACCACAACAAGGAUCCAAGCAACUCGUAUACCGCUGUAGACGUCAGCUAUCGUCAGCCACAGGCAACUCCCUUCGCAGAGAACAUUCACCGGGAAGCACUCCUUCGAAUCCACCUGCUACGGAACAAGAGCGACAGAGGCAAGCCGAAUUCCAUGUUAACGCGCAACAACUUUCACCUAUUAUGCUUCAUUUUGGGGUGAUCUCACCCAACGCUCACUUGACCCUGCCAGCGCCGGAAUUGAACGAACUUCGAAAUCAUGCGAAACGCCACGCCGAGCAGCUUAAAGUCCUAAGCAAACAUGAAGUCGCAAUAUUUUCACAGAAGCUAGAGAAAUUAAAGGAGCACUGCAAAUACCUCCAAGAUACAUGUAUCUCCUUACAAUCAGAGCGUCGCAUUCUCCAAGAGCAGAAAAUCCGGGAUCUCAAGUCCGCAACUUGGAUUGGUCCCAAGUGGAAGGGUAGAAUGUUAGCACGCGAGCAGGAAUUAAUGAAUCUCGAUAUUUCCAUUAAGAAGUGGACCGAGAUGUUGGAGCAUGCAGUGGAAAAACGACACUUCAUACACCAGAGGCUGUUGGAACAUAUUGCUGCAAUACUAGCCCUCGAUUCUCCAAUUGUGUUGCCGUCGCAAUACCUACAAUUUAGUACUAAUUAUACCCUGGGUUCCUCAGACAUUUCCCAGGAGAGGAUUCAGUCUAUUCCCAUUUUUGCCGAUUCAGCUCUUUUUACAGCAGCGGGCUGUAGCAGAAGGUACAGAAUAUAA